AUGGAUAAGCGUCAUACUGCAGAAAAUGUAUCAGAACAACUUAUAAAUACUUUUGGCAAAUGGGAUAUUACUAACAAAAUAUUAGCAAUAGUAACUGAUAAUGCGAAAAAUAUAACUAAUGCCAUUCCUUUGAUAAGUCCCGAAAUUUAUAAUGUUAAAUGUGCAGCACAUACUCUACAACUUGCCAAUUGUAAAAUUGUACAUUCAACAUUAGCUAAAACAUCACUUGAAGAAAAACAAGAAUUACUUGGCUUAACAAAAACAACUUUACUUCAGAGUUGUAAGACAAGGUGGAAUUCUAUAUACCUUAUGAUGGAACGUCUCGUUUUGAAUAGAUGUGCAAUAUUCAAUGUUUUAGCAGAUCGAACUAUAACAUCUCAAUCUAUGGUUCAAAAACUCGAAAUUAAAGAACAUGAAUGGUUAUUUAUCGAGUCGCUCAUACAAUUUCUUAAACCGAUUUAUGUCACUACAAACAUUUUUUGUACGGAAAAUAAUUCGUCAAUAUCAAUGAUUAGACCAUUAUUAAAACAAAUUAUUGAAAAACAUUUAAUGCAAUGUCAUGAAAAUGAAGAUACCAUUGUACAAACAUUGAAACAAACAUUAGCUUCAGAAAUUAAACGCCGCUUUUCGCUUGAAUGGGAUUCAACUGAAUCUGUAUUAUUAGAACAAAUAUCUUCAUUCUUGGAUCCUAGAUUUAAAGACUUAGACCACGAAGUAUUAUCUAAUCAUGAGGCAAUCCGCUCUAAAAUAAAACAAAUAAUCAACCAAAAUAAUUAUCUCGAGCCCAAUGAAAUAACUACAGCUUCUCAAGAACAACAAAAUAAACAUAGAAGUGAUCUUGAAUAUAUAUUUGGAAUAAACAAUGAAGAAAAUGAUCUAACAAAAGAAUUUCAAAACUAUUUAGCAGAACCGCAGUUGAGAUUUACAUUAGAUCCCUUAGAGUGGUGGAAAACACGAUAUUCAAAAUAUCCGACAAUAGGUAAACUUGCUAAAAAGUAUAUGACAAUUACUGCAACAUCAGUGAGUGCUGAACGUUGUUUUUCAACUGCUGGUAAUAUAGUCACCCGAAAAAGAGCUUCCUUAUCACCAGAAAAUGUAAAUUUACUUGUAUUUUUGCAUCAGAAUAAACAGCUGAUGAUUUAA